AUGGGGAGCAGCCAAACCGAAGAAUAUCUCAGAAAUCCAACCCCACCCCUCGAGGAAGAUCAACUCAUCGUCAAUGCCGUCGAUAUUGCAGCAAAAGUCAAACCUCAAGCCAUUUAUGCCGAAUUCCCAGUAUCUUCUACUAGCUACGAUGAGGGUUUCCGCACCGUGAACUACGAGCGACUUGCCAACGCAGUCAACGGAUUGGCAUGGUGGUUAACAGCGCAGAUUGGGAAAAGCAAACUCUUCGACACGCUGAUCUAUACCGGUCCCAACGAUUUCCGUCAAAACGCCAUGAUUCUAGCUUGUGUGAAGACAGGAUACAAGCUACUUUUAGCUUCACCUCGCAAUCAAGUCUCAGCAUUGAAAUCGCUUCUAGAAGCGGUCGAUUGCAAAUACACACUCGGCGCCAACCUCAACUCUCCACUCGUGAGCGCCAUCCAAGAAGCAAAACCCAUGCCAGUUUUCCAGAUCCCCAGUGUUGAAGUACUUCUUGAAGAAACAUUUCCGCAUUAUGCGUAUAACCGAACAUUUGAGAAGGCAAAACAUGAUCCCAUUCUCAUUCUCCAUACUUCCGGAACGACCAAUGUACCCAAACCAAUUACAUACACAAACGACUGGGCAACUGUAUAUACACGCGCGUUGCGAUUAGAAGCACCCACUGGAACAGUCAGCAACGAUAUAUUGUUCCGACAAGGGAGAUUAUUCGUCAUGAUGCCCGCUUUUCACGGGGCGAACAUUUUCCCCAAUUUCUUCUGUGCACUCACGAGCCAGACGACGAUUGUUUUCCCGCCGGCAAACCUGCCGCCGACGAUUGAGAGUUUCCUCGGAGGUAUCCAGGCCACUCAGGUCGACGUCGCGUUUAUCCCACCUCAUUUCAUACCGCAAAUCGCUAGCAAUCCCCAAUAUCUCGAUUUUGUCAGCCAACAUGUCACAACCAUCAUAUCAGGCGGCGGCGCAAUCCCCAAACCAGCCGGUCAAGUACUCAGCUCGCGCAUCAAAUUCUUCACAAAAUAUGCAUCCACUGAAAUGGGAAGCCUACCCUGUACUCGCCCGUCCGGAUCCUGGACACCCGAAAACUGGAAUUGCAUCACCCCGCAUCCAGAAACAGGUAUUGAAUUUCAAUUCCACUCGCAUGAUAACGAGGGAGAUAUGUAUGAAGCGUGCAUUCGACGAAACCACUCUAACUCUGAUAACGAACAACCCAUCUUCAAACUCUUCCCCAAAAUCCACGAGUUUCGAACCCGAGAUCUGUUCAGACGACAUCCGCACUCAACCAAUCAAUGGGAAUGGUGCGGACGAGUCGACGAUACCAUUGUGCUCUCAACAGGUGCUAACAUAAGUCCGGUGAUCAUGGAAGAGGGACUUGCUAGACACCCUGAUAUCCGUGCUGUAUUAAUGGUUGGAAAUGGAAGGUUGCGACCAGCGCUUAUGAUUGAAGGGAAGAACGAAGAUACAGAUUUGUGCGAAGUGAGUGAGAGUCUUUGGGAUACGAUUGAGGAGUUGAAUGGUGAAUAUUGCGAGGAUCAUCGGAUUACCAGAUCUCAUGUUUUGUUUGUUGAUGGGGGGAUCCCUAUGGCGAGGAGUGCAAAGGGGACGAUUCAGAGAGCGACGACGGUGGAGUUGUAUGAAAAGCGGCUGGAAGAAUUGUAUGUUACUGCUGAUGCUGUGUGA